AUGGAGCCUGCCAUGCACGGCCAAAGGCAGGAUGACGCCUUGAAGGCCGCCCACGUUGCCGCCGAGGAGGACCUCCACGAGGACGAUUCGGUUCACGUGAUAAUUGAUCUGACCGGGUCGGAUUCUGGCUCGGACUCGGACAACGAGAACGGCAAGAACGGCAGCAACUGCAAGAACGGAAAGACCGACCACGGCGACCAUGACGACGCAGGUGCAAAGGAAGCAGACGAUGAGACGGGCGUGUCCGAAAUUGGAAGGGACGACCUUGCGUCCACGGCGCCUGGCGUCAACUUUGAUACCUACUUUGACUGGACUGCACCUGCCUCAGACGCUCCGUCCCCUCGCAGACCGUCCACCCAGUCGUCUUCGUCGUCUGCCUCUGCCAUCCUCUUCGACUCGAUCGAGCGCUUCUACGAGUCGCCUCCGUCGGCCGUCAGCACCCCCCCACAGUCUUGUCGCAAGCGGAGUCGGGACGAGUUCUGCUAUUCAGAUGGAGACGAGAACGUGUUGCCCGCCGAAGAUGAGGUCGAUGUCAUGGCUGAGGUCAAAGAGACCGUCAUAGAUGAGCAUGCCAAUCGCAAAUCGGAUCGCGACCACGGCCACGACGUCAUUGUCAUUGAUGACGACGAGGCCGAGGGCGACGCUGGCAUCACUCGGGACGCAAGCAAGAACACGAUUUACACGUCCGAGGUCUAUGACGGGGUCUUUGAUGACUCCUUUUUGGACACAAUGUCGCUUGAUGACCUGUUGGCGCUCGUCCAUCAGAGCAACAAGGCUGCCGAGGCUGCUCAUGCCGCCAGCAUCGGCACGUCGGCCUCCACUCCUCCCUCGGCGACCGUCCUCACACAGAACAUCGCUCUUGACCCUCCUGUGCGCUACAACCUCACCUACACCCGCGCGCUCGUCAAGCGGUUGGAAUCUCUGGAGGAAAUCGAGGUGUCCGUCAGCCAUGUGAUGGACGCCAAGGGGUUCCCGCUCCUCGUUACCAGCCAGGACGAGCCCAUGUGCAUGACACCUGUCAAGCAACCCUCCCUUCCCGUCACGUCACCUAUUCUCCCCCCUCCCAGGGCCUUGCGCCUGCAUCCCCAUGCUCUGGAUGGCGCCGUUAGUGACGGCGACCACCUGCUUGUGCAUCGGCGCGAGUGGGAUGCCGACCGCGGCGGUUACAAAGGCACGCCUCGUCAUAGUCAUAGGCGCACCUGGAUUUCUGCAUUGGACUACUACGACGGCAGUGCGCCCAAGUCCAAACCGGUGACAGGCUUGCCGCGGGGCCCCGUCUCGUGCCAGUGGACGAGACGGCUGAGCAGCGAGGAGGAAAGGCUCUUGGAGUCGUUUGGGACACGUGCCACGCGCGGUGCCCAGGCGCAGUAUUCGGAUUUCGUGUUGAGCAACAGCGCCGCGUACACAGACCAGACCAUGCCCGAUGGACGCCCACUAACGCUCGAGGAACAGAUGGCCAAGCCGUACUUGUCGUACCAUGGCAUCACCCUGACCCACGACGACGUGCACGUCCUGCGCAACGACUGGCUGACCGACAACAACAUCAGCUUCUGGGAGGAGUACUUGGAGAAUGAGGUCCUGCCACGGUACCCGCAGGCCCGCAUCUCGCUCCUGCGUCCGGCCUUUGGUCUGAUCCUGAUGACGACCAAGAUUGAAGCUGCGCGUGAAGCCCUGCCCAAGUUCAAGGACAUCACCCACAUCUUCUUUCCCAUCUCCGACGCUGCCCUCGGCGACCACAUGGGCUCGCGGCGCUCCGAUGCGGGCUCGCACUGGAGCCUCCUGCUGAUUUCCAUUGUCGACGGCGUUGCCUUCCACUACGACUCCUUGAGCUCCAGCAACCUGCGCGUUGCCCGCAACGUCACGGCCCGCAUGGCCGUCCUGCUCGGCCGCCCCCUGCGCUUCCGCGACAUUGACGACACCCCGCAGCAGGCCAAUGGCAACGACUGCGGCGUCUUUGUCUGCGUCCUCAUGCGGUUUCUGCUCGUCAAGCGCCUCCUCAACGCCCACGCCCGCGAAAAGGUCUCCAUGAGCCUCGGCGGCAAGAUGAUUGAUGCCCAGGGCGGUCGGCAAGAAAUGCUCCGCAUCAUUGAGAACCUGCGGCACGAGGCCGUGCGGCGCCGGAGUGCGUCGCCACUGAAGAAGAACAAGGAGGUACCGCGGAUUGAGUAG